UUCUUUCUCUCUCUUUUCUCUCUUUCACUCUUUCUCUCCCUUCCUUCCUCUCUCUCUCUCUCUUUUCCCGUCUGGAUCCUUUGAUCAUCGUUCGCGAUGUGGAGAGUCUCGGCUCGAAUAAUACACGAUAGAUUAUCAAUAUCGUACAUGAUUUUCGAAAUCGAGUAUGUUUCAUUUAUCUUAUUGUUUCUCACUUUGUCAUUCGUUUAUUUUCCACCGUGUCACGAACGAGUAUUUGAAGUUGUUUCUUCCGAGGAAGAAGGAUGAAACGAAAGGAAAUAUACACGAAGAAUAAACUCGCAAGACACCGUUCGAGAAGUUGAGAAAAGGGUGUUACGUGAUUAGGAUUCGAUCGUUCGACGCAAAGAACGAUGCAAAGAUUGGUAUAUAAGGCAAGGGGAGCCGGAAAGAGAAAAAGUAUUUAAAGGAAAUCAGCUGGCAAAGUGACGGGGGCGGCCAUCGUUCACGCGAUCAUGGAAUUACAAUCGAGGAUCGGCCACGGCGAUUACCUGAGCAGGCUCCAUUGCGAAUCCGAGUCCUUCAAAAUGGACUUAAUCCUAGACAUUAACAGCUGGCUGUAUCCUAUGGAACUUGGUGACAAAUUUCGUCUGGUUCUGGCUACGACUUUGAGAGAGGACGGUUAUCCUGAUGGAGGGGAGUGGAACGCGACUGAACAGGAAGGCGGUUCCAGAGCAGACAGUUUUGAAUAUGUGAUGUCCGGUAUGGUUUAUCGAAUAGAAGGUGAUGAAGCAAGCAAUGAACCCAGCAGUAGACUAUCUGCCUACGUAUCCUUUGGAGGAUUGCUGAUGAGGUUACAGGGUGAUGCAAACAACCUACACGGUUUCGAGAUAGAUCAACAUAUGUACUUACUCAUGAAAAAGUUAGCGUUCUAACUAUGUUAUAUUUGUUAUAACUAUGUUACAAUUAUAACUUAGAAAAUAUGUAUUUUAAAUAUAUUCUUUUUUCAUGAGGAAUUAUUUUAAAUAUAAGAUAAAGAUAAUUGAACUGAAAAAAUAUUAAUGAUUGAUGCGUACACAAAAAUGUAUUGUAUGUGUAUUUGAUCUAUAACAGUAUAUUUAUGUAAGAAGAAUGUUUGCUAAUUGGUUGAUCAUUUCAUGAUCACAUCAUAUUUUUCAGUUCAUGAAUAUUUUAUUAAAUAUUGUCACUGCCAUUGGAAUUCUUAGAUAUAUAAAUAAAGUAUUUUUAAAAUUAAUUAUACUAUGUAAUAAAGAUAUUUUUUUCAUGUAAAAAA